AGAUGAAUGUAUCUUUGGCUGAGGCUCUGUCGGUCCGUGGAGGACCACUGCAGGAAGAUGAAGUGUGGGCUGUACUGAAUCAGAGUGCCGAAAGCCUUCAGGAACUGUUUAGGAAAGCCAGCCCUUCUAGCAUGGAGUUCAUUAUUUCUCCGUGGUCUUUGCUGUGUCUUCCCUGUGGCAGUGUUUCAUUUACAGACAGCAAUGUCUCAAACCAGGACCUGAGAGCAUUCACUGCACCAGAAGUUCUGCAAAACCAGUCCAUUUCAUCACUUUCAGAUAUUGAAAAGAUUCACAUUUAUUCUUUGGGCAUGACAUUGUACUGGGGAGUAGACUACGAAGUACCUGAGAACCAGCCAAUUAAACUUGGAGAUCACCUUAACAGUGUACUGUUGGGCAUGUGUGAGGAUUUUCCGUACUCUCGAGUAUCUGUGCGAACUAUUCUGGAUGCUUGCAGUGCCCACAUCAGAAACAGCAACUGUGCCCCAUCAUUUUCGUACAUCAGGAAACUGGUGAAAUUGGUACUAGGUAGCCUUACAAAGCUGGACCAGAUUGCCAUUCACAGUGAAACAGAGUUGCAGCCAGAUCGAAGCCAAGCAAUUCGUGACAAACUUCGAGGGAAGGGGCUACCUCCUGAAAAAAACAUGACAUUCAAUGUACUAGACCAGUACAAGGCUCAGUUCUAUGGAAAAGCAUCACUCAGUAAGGGACUCAGUCGUUCUAUGGGAUUCCUGGCUUUCCCUAAUAAACCGUUAGAGGAGGAGGAUUUUUCACUUUGUACUUCUUCAAAUUACAACUCUGGGCAUGAAGAUGCUGUAGAUGCAUGUUACCCAUAUCAGCACAGGCAAGAUAGACUUGGGAACAGAUUGAAUAUUAACAGAGGUAGUAGGCACUGUAAAAUUUCGGCUUCCACCACAAACAUAGCUCUCCAAGUUGAAAAAGGACUUACAGGAGAUAAUUAUGGACCCAUCCAUUUUCCAGAUGGGAUGUUGUCAGCUGGUCCAAGAAGUAAUCCUCAUUUUUUAGAUUGUAAUGUAGCUGGAGAUGCUUUAUGUCACCAACAGUCACUUGGACCUCCUGUGUCUCAGCCAUCAUCUUCCUCUUCAGCAUUAUCAUCUGCAUAUGAUCGGAUUCGAGAAAGACAAAGAAAACUGCAGAUAUUAAGGGAUGCCAUGGAUGUAGAAGAGCCUGUGAAAGCACGUCAGCAGUACCACAGCGAUACUUACAGCACCUCUAGUGACAGCCAUUCUGUUACAUCUUCUGACCAAGACUUCAGACAAGUGAAAAGACCUGAAGAUUUGAAAUAUGUUUCUCGGACAGUUCUUUCUGAGCAAGAUGAGCUGACUUCCAGAAGUCACCUCACUGUGAGGAACAAGCCCUAUGAUGUUUCACUUGAAGGUAGUUUAGUAAGUCAGGAAAUCAUGGUAAGGCGUCAAGAAGAAGAACUUAUGCAGCUGCAGAGCAAACUGGCACACAAGCAGGGCUCCCAACUGAAUCUUUAUUCAGGAGAUAUGCCCAAAGCAUCCAUGUUAGACAUCACUAGAGAUCUGCUGAGAGAAGUUGCACUGGAAACCACGUUGACACAGAGAAAACUGAAGAAUUUCUUUGGUCCAGAGUUUGUGAAAAUGACAAGUGAGCCUUCCAUUACCUUGGAACUUCCAAGCUCAAUUCUGGCUAAAAGGGGGAAGAGUGAAGAUGUCAGACGGAAGGUGAACAUCAUACUGCUGAGUGGACAAAGACUGGAGCUGACCAGUGAUAUCAAGUCAUCUUGUAGAGAUGUCUUUGAAAUGGUUGUGGCACAUAUUGGCUUGGUUGAGCAUCAUUUAUUUGGCUUAGCAUACUUGAAGGAAAAUGAAUAUUUCUUUGUUGAUCCUGAUGCAAAAUUAGUUAAAGUGGCACCCGAAGGGUGGAAAGACGAAACCAAGAAGAAAAACAAAAUACCUGUCAAUUUUACACUUUUCUUUCAAGUUAAAUUUUUUGUUGAAGAUGUCAGCCUUAUACAGCAUAAUCUUACAAGACACCAGCAUUAUUUACAGCUGCGGAGAGAUAUCUUGGAAGAGAGGAUAAAUUGUGAUGAUGAGACUGCCUUGCUGUUGGCAUCACUUGCCCUUCAAGCUGAGUUUGGGGAUUACCUGCCAGAGGUGCAUGGGAAAACUUAUUUCAGACUUGAACAUUAUCUACCAGCUAGAGUAAGAGAAAAGCUGGACCAAUCCUACAUCAAAGAGGAGCUACCUAAGUUACAUAGUACCUAUUUUGGAGCUUCAGAAAAAGAGACAGAAUUUGAGUUUCUAAAAGUGUGCCAAAAACUGCAAGAAUACGGAGUUCAUUUUUACAGAGUAAUGUCAGAGAAAAAGUCAUUGACUGGAAUAAUGUUGGGAAUUUGCUCCAAAGGAGUCUUUGUAUUUGAAGUCAAUAAUGGAUCUCGGACGCCUGUUCUUCGUUUUCCAUGGAGAGAAACAAAGAAAAUAUCUUUCAGUAGAAAGAAAGUCAGUCUGCAAAACACAUCAGAUGGCAUCAAGCAUGUUUUUCUGACUGACAGCAGUAAGAUGUGCCAAUACUUCUUGCAUUUCUGUUCUUGCCAGCACAAAUUUCAUUUACAAAUGAGAACUCGACAGAACAAUCAAGAGAUUCAGGAUAUCGAAAAAGCAUCUUUAUGUAGCCUGAACUUUAUGGCUGACUCACCUGGAGUGCAGGACCUGGGAAGAGCAGUUAGUACCACAAGUCUAACAGCAGGGAGUGUGUACAACAGGAAUUUAAGUCAAGCAUAUCCACGGCUGGAUGAGAAGUUGAAAAGACUAUCAUACUCAGAAAUUGCACUUAAUGGUCCACAACUAGGCAGACCAGCUGCUUUGGCAUUUGAGAAAUUCUCUUACCAAAGACCUCGUGCAAUGAGCAAAUCCUUUCAGGAUCUAAGCCACAUUGUGGAAUCUCCUUCUGGACUGGGUGAAGUUCUUAACAGCCAUGCACAGAAAGAUGGCAGUAAGAUGUCUCUAAGGACCUGUGACGGCAUAAGGGAAAAGUCUUUGCAUCAAAGAGCACAGUCUGACACAGAAUCCGUGACUACUGUGAGAAAACUGAAUAACAUUCUAGGUACAAAUGCCCUGAUGAGCUCAAGCAGAAGCUUUGAGAGAAGUAAACACGAGUCUGAUUCCUCGUCAUUUGAUGAUGCUGGACAAGCCUAUGUUGUAGGAGUCAGCAUGCAUAAUUCUACCAUUCCAUCUACCCCUGCAGAUUUAAAGACCAGUGAGACUUCACAAAAUAUACUGAGAUCUGUUGCAUCACCAGAGCGAGAAAUCAGCUUGGUUACGUUGAAAAAAGACCCAAAAUAUGGCUUAGGAUUUCAGAUUGUAGGUGGAAAAAACACUGGGAGGCUUGAUCUGGGUAUCUUCAUAAGUUCAGUCACUCCUGGAGGACCAGCUGAUUUGGAUGGGCACUUAAAACCUGGUGACAGACUGAUAUCCAUCAACAAUGUCAGCUUGGAAGGGGUUACCUUGGAGACAGCAGCAGAAAUUCUGCAGAAUGCCCCUGAUGAUGUUACACUUGUUAUUUCACAGCUCAGGGAUAAAAUCGUUGCAGGUUCUCUUCAAAAUCAUGAUGAAGAGCGGUAUCUUUCAAAGAGAAGUGGAUCCAAGCUAAAAAGUGAAGAAUCUUCAUCAGAAGAGACAUUCAGAUCUCUAAGCCACCAGAAGCUAUUAUCAGUUGGCUCUUCUGUAGUUUCCUUAAGUAGAAGACAAGGCAGCCUCAGCUCCCAGGAUUCUCGAACUGAGAGUGCUGGUCUGUCCCAUUACCAUUCAAGUGUUUACAGCAGGCACUUAAGGGAUGAUAUGGCUGGAGAAUCAAAACACAAACACAUAGCUUCAUUUGAAAAUUCAAGAUCAGGAGAGAAACCUAGGGCUUCUACAGAGAGUAAGAAAGGAAAAACGAAGUCUCCUGUGAUGCAGAGAGAAGACCACUCUGACAGAGGAGAUUCUGACAUGGAUGAGGAGACCUAUUCUAGUAGCCAAGAGCAGCAUAUACUGAAAAAGGAACUCUUAGCAGUACAUCAAGCAAGAAAAACAGGUUCCCAAGCAAAGUCAUCAGCAGAGCUUAAGCCUGGAGACGUCUUUGAAGUAGAGCUUUCCAAGAAGGAUCACAGCCUGGGCAUCAGUGUCACGGGUGGUAUAAACACAAGUGUGAAGCAUGGUGGUAUUUACGUGAAGGCCAUCAUUCCGAAUGGAGCAGCAGAAAGGGAUGGCAGAAUUCAAAAAGGGGAUCGGGUGCUCUCUGUAGAUGGAAACAGUCUGGAAGGUACUACACAUAAACAGGCUGUUGAAGCACUUCGAAACACAGGGCAGGUUGUUAAGCUACUGCUGGAAAAGGGCCAUCUUCCUCUGUCCAGUGUCCAUGCACCUGUUACUCCCAAAUGUACUCCUCCUAACCACACUGGAUCAAGCUGCCCCCUUGAAACCCAGCAGCAGCAGAAAACCUCAGCUCUGAGUGAUUACCCCUUUGUGACUGAUGACAACACUUUUGAAGUUAAGCUGUGCAAGAGUUCUUCAGGAUUGGGAUUUAGCUUUUGCAUGGAGGACAAUCUCAUGCAGGCUCAGCCUGGGACUAGUAUUGUGAGAGUGAAAAAGCUAUUUCCAGGACAGCCUGCUGAAGAAAGUGCCCAAAUUACAGCUGGAGAUGUUAUCCUGGAGGUGAAUGGUGUGCCACUGAAAGGAUUAUCUCAGCAGAAAGUUAUUUCGGUUCUUAGAGGAACAUCACAGGUUGCCACUUUACUGCUUUGCAGACCUUCUCCAGGUGUUUUACCCAGCAUAAACUCUCAUAGUCCAGUCACUGCCCAAAAGCGAGAGCUCCAGGAAUCUAACCACAAGUUACAUGGCACUGGCUCAUCUCGACAGCCAAAUGGGAAUCUGAGUGAUAGCUGUGAUGAGGAUGAUGAGAUAAAUGGUGAAAAGGCCAAGCAUCAGCUAAAGUCUCUGUCUAGGAGGGAUAGUUACAGUGACAGCACAGAUAGUGAAGAAAUCCCUGGAUUGAACAGUCUACCAGGAGCCAAGGGCCAGUCUUGGAAUUCUGCAGUCUGUCAGACUCCAGAGACUGAAAUCUCCUUUUCUAAUAGCCACUACCAGACACCCUGCAGUGAAGAGAUGAUGUGUACAAUGUAUUACUCUCCUAAUCAGACUUCCUUUAAACCAGAUAUGAUUGACAGUAACUGUCCCUCUCCACUCCCUCUGGAUCUGUUACCUUUUCAAAGCAGCCAGCAUGUGCCAGAAGUUCCUUCUCCUACUCCAUUAGAUGAUACUUUUAUGAGCUCUAGUUCUGGAUCAGACGUGAUGAUAUCACAUUUGCAGCAGGAAGUAGAAUCACUGGACCUGAGUGAUGCACAAGAAGAGUUUGAGCCUGAAGUAGAACUGGAUGUUACACUGAUCAAAUCAGAAAAGGGGAGUCUUGGAUUCACAGUGACAAAAGGAAUAGAGGAUACAGGAUGUUACGUGCAUGAUAUUGUCCAAGACCCAGCCAAAAGUGAUAACAGACUAAAACGUGGAGACAGAUUGAUAAAGGUAAAUAACACUGAUGUCACUGGCAUGAGUCACACAGAGGCUGUGAAUCUUCUCCGAAAUGCACCAAAGACUGUCAGCCUGGUAGUUGGACGAGUACUAGAAGUGCCUGAACAUCCAGUUGACCCCCAUAUGUUACCCAAGAUAAUACUGUCAUGUCAUGAACAAGAACUAGGCCUUACUGUGGCAGGAGGUAGUGAUAGCCCUUACCAGGCAGUGUACAUCAGUGCUGUAUCUGCAGGAUCAGUUGCUGCAGUAGACGGAAGUUUGAAAGCCAUGGACAUAAUCCAUUAUGUGAAUGAUAUCAGUAUACUUGGGAUGUCUUUGAGUGAAGCAAAAGAAACUCUGAAAAAGGCUGGUCCCACAGUGGUUUUACAAGCAACAAGAGCUGGUUGUCCUGUGAUUCCAUGUAUAAAUGAGUCUGCAUCUCCAAAUAACAAUGCCAAUCCUGAAUCAAAUGAAAUUCCUAAUUUUAAUGAGUGUAAUGGUGAAGGAGACAACAGGGAAGCAGAUGUACUGAAUUCUAAUUCUGUGCCUGAGGAACAUGUGAUUCAUAUUGAAUUGGAAAAACCUUCCUCUGGUGGAUUAGGAUUUUGUCUUGUCGGUUCAGAAAAUGGUAUCUUUGUAAAAUCUAUCAGCCCUGGUGGUGUUGCUGACACAGAGGGAAGCCUUCAUGUUGGUGACAGACUGCUUCAGGUGAAUGGAGAAAGCAUGCUAGGAGUCACUCACACCAAAGCUGUGACAACAAUCCGUAAAGCCAGGGGAUGUGUGAAUUUUACUGUAUCUAGAGUAACUUCCCAAAGUGUCAGUGGUUGCCAAAUGGCCAGGAACUUUGACAAUGAUGCUAAUAUAGGUGAUGAAGUUAAACACCCAAAAGUGGAUGACAGAUCUGAAGACACAGACUGUGAUGGGGCAUCUCUUCCAGAAGAUUCUCCAGAGGCAUCAAGGAUACAUGAGAACAAAGAUAUGGAGGAAGAGCUGACACCACAGAGGAUGCCCAAGCAAACUACACUAGGAAAUGCAGAUGGUGACUGUUCCUUGGGGAGUGACGUUCUGCCACUGGAGCUUGAGAAGCAGGAUAUAUCUGCUAAAGACCUACCCAUAGUGACUGCAGAUGAACUGUCUUCACUGCCACUUGUUGUUGUGUCACCUGGUGGCCAGUACACUGGAUCAAAGUUAAAGGGUGUCAUUAGAAUGAUGCGAGGAUUAAUAGAGCAGCAUAUCCCGGAGGGAGAAUUUGAGAACCUGCAAGUCUUAAAACCCUUGGAUCAGUGUUUGAUCGGGCAGACUAAAGAAAACAAGAAGAAAAAUCGAUACAAGAAUAUUCUUCCAUAUGAUACUACAAGAGUUACAGUGGGAAAAGAACUUGGCUACAUCAAUGCUAGUUUCAUACGCAUACCACUACAUGAUAAAGAACUUACUUAUAUUGCUUGCCAAGGACCUCUGCCAAGCACAGCUGCAGACUUUUGGGAAAUGGUUUGGGAACAAAACUCAGAUUGCAUUGCUAUGAUGACCCAAGAAGUGGAAAGUGGUAAAGUCAAGUGCCAAAGAUACUGGCCAGAUACACCUGGUUCAGCUACAAUGGUGAAUGACAGAUUACAGCUCACCUUCCUGAAAUCCCAGCAGUUGAAGAGUUUUCUUAUUCGGAUUUUUGAGCUGCAAGAUGUCCAGACAUGCAAAUUUCAUUGUGUAACACACCUGAACUUUACUGCUUGGCCUGACCAUGGCACUCCUGAUUCCAGUCAACCAGAACAACUUCUUGCCUUCAUCUCCUACAUGAGACAAGUUCACCAAACAGGACCUAUCAUUGCACACUGCAGUGCUGGAAUUGGUCGCUCUGGAACUCUUAUUUGUAUUGAUGCUGUCUUAGAAUUAAUAAGUAGAGAUCUUGAUUUUGAUAUUUCUAACAUUGUGCGAACAAUGAGGCUACAUCGUCAUGGAAUGAUUCAAACACAGGAUCAAUAUAUUUUCUGCUACCACGUCAUUUUGCACAUUCUGCGAUGUCUUCAGUCUGAAGAAAAUAGCCAGAACAGCAAGUGAAACAUAAAAGACUGAGAAUAAGUUUGUUGCACACUUUCUGUUUUAUGUAUAUGUAUGUAUUUUGCUACCCAACUCUUAUUUAAAUAAAAAGGAAAAACACUAAGAAGUGUCAACAGCAAUGCAUUUCAUGUAUUUAUCUAUAUAUUUUAAGCCAUACUGGAUCAGAAAAUGAAUUGUGAAUACAUUCUCUACAAACAUUCAAUAUACAGCUUUCUGUAAUGUCUCUAAAUGUUAUUGAAAUGUGAACUUGUCACUUCCAUGUGUACCUAAAAUUCAUCUACACAUCUGGUAUAGAAGUAAUUAAAUGUCUUUUGUGGUAGUUAAGCUGUGGUACUGUUAAAUCUACAAGAAGAAAAAAGUAUUAUAUACAGCAGAAAUUGUAAUUGAGCUGUUAUCAAUGUUUUCAUUACAUAGCACAGUUAUAAUUUUAUAGGCACAUUUGAAUAAAAUGUACUUGCUGUAAGAGCCUUACCUUGAAUCUGUGAGAAAGAAUUUGUAUACAGUUUUAUUGUAAUUACCUUUUUUAUUUAAGUAUUUUAUUAUAAAAUCUGCAUGUAUAUAUUUAUACUAUAUUUUGGAACCAAGAUGCAGCUCAGCAUAAUUGUGCGUAGAGUAUAAAAUGUAAAUAAAUACUGCUUUGUAUACAU